AUGUCGUCUGUGGUCACGUCCAACGGUCAUGCCGCUGCGACAGCGUCGCUUAACAAGGAAAAGCGUGUACAAAUCGUGACAAACGACGUUUCGCCUGGCGCUGAUCUUUUAGAGACGCCGAACCCACAAAGAUUGCUCGGGCUUGGCGGCACCACACCACUAGGAGACUUUCCGCUAACUGCCGAGUUGAUGCAGAAGUGCAUGACUGUAAAUCCAUUCGAGGCGAAAUUUCGAGAGGCGAAUAGGAAACUGACGACGGGAGCAUUGGAGGCGAACGGUCUUGUGCCGGCAACAAUGUCUUUGCCAAACACUAAUGACAGUAAUAGUGAAACUUCAGCGUUUUCACUGCUGAAGUUACCGUCGUCGUUAUCCGAUUCACCUGGAAUAUUUUCGAAUAUAAGCAUUCUGCAAACAGAUGCGGAUGGUGUCGUCAAUGAGAACUUGAAGACUGCCGAUAUUUCGAAGUUGCUGCUCCAGAUGAAGGAUACAAGCUCCUCGAUCUCAGAUGGAUCCAGCACACAGCAGGCGCCGCGAACUGCCGAUGUCCUGAACGCGGUGCUCGAUAUGCACUCGGAUCGACUGCAUACUAUCAAUUAUAUAAACAAACCUGACUUCUCAAUGUUCUCCUCGUUGACGCCAACAGGGUCGGCACCGAAUUCAGCAGGUAUUUUGGCAGCAGCCGCAGUUGCACAUUGCACUCCAUCAACGAGUGGGGGUUUGCUAGCACCUCCACCUCGAAGCGUUACCAUAAGCCCUGUACAGUCCCCACGAAAUAAGGAACAGCCAGUUCUUGAAAAGCGUUCGCCUGGCGAACCUGAUACGGUUACUCCUGCAUCUUCUCAAGCUCAUCUGCUUUCCGCAUUACAUUCUGCGGCUUCAGCAGCAGUAGCAUCAACUGGUGGUGUCGAUCCAGCAAGUUGGGAUCCGCGAGAUGUGAAGCCUCCCGUAAGCAAACAUAAUGCUAGCGGCUACUUUGAGCAAGAGGACACGUUGAUGCCAUCUUCGAACUGUGGCGGGCUUCCCCCAACAGUCGCUGCUCCUGGCGCCUCCCAUCUCCUCUCAUUGGAUGAUCGGACUUCCUCGAAGACUAGCCCUGAAAGUACCACUCCUGCUCCAACAACAGGUAGAGGACGUGGUCGGGGACGGGCGUCGUUGGCAUCUGAUAUGCCGCCAGAUGAAAGGAAUUCCAGAAUGACGAUACUUGAGAGGAAUAAGGCCGCGGCUGUCCGCUACCGGAAGCGGAAGAAGGAAGAACACGACGAUAUGAUCUCCCGUGUGCACACGUUGGAACAAGAAAAAGUUCAAUUAAAUACGCAAAAUCAAGUAUUGCGACGAGAACUAGAUCGGUUAACGGCGCUACUACGUGAGCGAGAAGCUCGAUGUGUGUGCCUGAAAGGAAUGCCGUUGAGCACGGAUCCUAGGGCCGAUUCUCCUGUUGAGGUGGAUCUGUUGUCAACUCCACAACACAGCAGCAUGUACAUACCACAAGCACAGCAAUUGAUCAAUGGUUUAAGCCUGCCGAAUGGAAUGGGCUUAAAACGGCCGAAAAUGUAA